GCCCGCGAUUCGCUUCCUUCCUUCCUUCCUUCCUAGUCAUCGCACGCGAGGGCGACGCGCCCCAUCAAUCCCACACCACCCCUCCCUUCUCUUUCUCUCUCUCUCUCCAGCCUGCGUCGCCGUGGAGGAAGUGCGGCAUAAAAGGAGAGGGAGGGGUACAACUGUGGUGGUGCUGUUCCCUCUCUCAAGAAGAUUCGAACCUGCGGAGCGAUGAGGUUCAGGGUCAUCGGCAAGAGAGCCUCCUCCAACGGCAAGGCGGGCGCCGACGGCGGCCGCACCGUUCCUCUCGCCGCCGCGGAGGCCAAGAGCGCGGUGCCUGCCACCGUCUACGCAGACGCAGAUCACAACUGCACGGAGAACGGGAGCAAAGAUGAGUCAUUCUUUGAAACAAGGCCUUGGCUAGAUUCCGACAGCGAAGAUGAUUUUUACAGCGUGAGAGGAGAUUUCACUCCAUCAAGAGGCAGCACCCCAGAUCAUCAGAGACUAAGAUCGUUCAAUGGGCGGACAGUGGUGGACAGACUGAAGCCUUCGCUUACCGAAAAGAAGCAGAGACUAAUUGAGCUUCUCCAGGAGAAGCAGCAAUACGAUGAUGAGGAUGACAGUGUCACCGAUGUCCACACUAAAGAACAUCUGAAGCCUUCUUGCAAAGGCGAUGAAGUGAAGAAGUCACCAAAGUCUGGCUGCUUCCCGAGCUUAACUUGGAAGCGUAGCUUCAAGAUCUGCAGGAAGAAGAGAAAAGAGCAGAAGGAUAAGUGAAUUAGCCUUGUGAUGUCCAAAUACGAUUUUGUAAAAAAAUAAA